CUGUUUCUCAUCGGAAGCGGAAGUAAAGAAUCCAUAACGUACAUAACUGUUUGAUUUCUAGGAAACGGUCAUGUACGCUUAAGUUAAAGUGCUCUACAACUUUUUAGGAGAAGUCUUGAAAAGCAAAUGGCCAAAGAAAAACGACACAGGAGAAGGGACUCGCCCGAAAUGAAAGUUAAGGUGAAACAAGAGAAGCUAAGCCCCGCCAGGCCGCACAGAACACGCCGCUCGCCCAGUGACAGUAACAGAAGCCCACCGAGGAGGAGAGCCAGCAGGUCGCCUGUUAGGGCAGGCGAACGCUCGGCAGGCAGGAGAAAGAGCCCCCCUCCCCGGCGAGGUAGCAGAUCUCCUCGGAGGAGAAGUCCUCAUCGCAGUGCUGAUGUCAAGUUAAAGCGGGAGCGUGACGAGCAUCGUUCGGGCGGCGAUGAGCAGAGAAGAAGAAACGAGCAGCCGGAGGAAAGGCGCAGCAAGUGGGAAUCGGAGCGACCUCACGAGAGAGAACGUAACGGCGACAGACGGCGGGAGCGGGACGCGGCCACCUCGCAGCAAGCGGAGCGCCGCCAGCACGACGAGCAGCGGCGGGAAAAUCGGGAAAGGCGCGAGGAGAACCAGGAAAUGAACUUUGGCCGUCAGGAGAGCGCCAGCAGCAGCCCGACGGAGCCCCCCGCCGACAAGGAGAAGCCCAACUUUGGCCUGUCGGGGGCGCUCACGGAAGACACCAACACCUUCCGGGGAGUUGUGAUCAAGUACAACGAGCCGCCCGAGGCGCGCAUUCCCAAGCGGAGGUGGCGGCUCUACCCGUUCAAGAACGACGAGCAGCUUCCCGUCAUGUACAUUCACAGACAGAGUGCCUACUUGUUGGGGAGACAGCGCAAAAUCGCCGACAUUCCCAUCGAUCACCCGUCCUGCUCCAAGCAGCACGCCGUCUUCCAGUACAGAGUGACGGAGUUCACGCGGGCCGACGGCACCGCGGGCCGCCGGGUGAGACCGUACAUCAUCGACUUGGCGUCGGGCAACGGCACUUACCUGAACAACCAGCGGAUCGAGGCGCAGCGCUACUACGAGCUCAAGGAGAAGGACGUGCUCAAGUUCGGCUUCAGCAGCCGCGAGUAUGUCCUGCUGCACGAGUUCUCGGACACCAGCGAGGUGGACGUCAAGGAGCAGCCGGACGAGGAGGACGAAGGCCUGGAUGAGUAACAAAAGAGAGAGAGAUGUUCCAAUUGUAUGAUGUGCUUGGUCUUUUGUGUUUCGAGACGGGACCUGAUGAAGGAAGCGGUCGAGCGUGACCUUAAGGUGGAGCCUUUUUAUUUUCUCACGUCAGUCAUGUAAAAUGACAUUUUUCUACUGUAAAUAAAGACUGUCAACUAUUAAA